UGAUGCAUGCGUGGUAGGCACUUGUAUGACGGUCCCCUGUCUCGCGUCAGUCGUCGGCGAAUUGUGGGCAAGAUGGCAUCUACUGUAUUGCGUUCGUUGAGAUUAAUUUCUUCGAUUAGUCCCAUCUGUAAAAAUGUAGUACGUCGAUCUGCAUCAACUACUUGUAAUAUUCUUCUCAGUAAAAACAAUAAUGUAUCAUUUCCCGUAUUUUCAUCGUUUCAGCCCAUCAGAUCCUACAGUGCUAAACUCUCUCCUGCAGACAUUGAGAGCAGAGUGCUCAAAGUUUGCAAAGAAUUUGACAAAAUUAAUGCUGAGAAGACUGUGGGAGGUGCGCGCCACUAUAGCGGGUUUGAGCCUCUUACACUUGACGUAAUUAAGCAGAGAGUCAUACUUGUCCUCAACCUUUAUGACAAGAUCAAUCCUGACAAGUUGACGCCAGAAUCCCACUUCAUGAAGGAUCUUGGUCUGGACUCCUUGGAUCAUGUUGAGGUCAUCAUGGCACUGGAAGAUGAGUUUGGAUUUGAGAUUCCAGACUCGGAUGCGGAGAAGCUGCUGCGGCCCAUAGACAUCGUGCGCUACAUCGGCGACAAGCAGGACGUCUAUGAUUAGGAUUGCUGGGGCUCGGCCUUCUCUUUUUUGGCGUGUUAUGUCGUCUAUUGUUUCUACGUUGAAGUAUAAAGGCAUUUUCUUUUGUAAAUAGAAAGAAGUUUCUGUUCCUGAAAAUUCAAAAGUUAUUUGAGUUUAGUGUUAUAGCACCUACGCAUUUCAAAUUUAUUCUCGUUGGAGAGUCGUGACGAAUCGUCGUAGUAAUUGCGUCAGAUAUUUUACCAGAAUUUUGAAUUGGCUUCUUGACUACAGAAAGGCAGCAAAACCAAUUUUUAUUUGUACUGAGUUUCCAACAGUGUUCCACUAUUCCACCAAUAAAUUGUGUAUAAAAUAGAA